AUGAGAUCCAUUUUCCUAAUUGUUCUACUCGUGGCUACUGUAGCCUACUGUACUGAAAUUUCCACCAAAGUCAAUACGGACAGUUCUGAUGGCCUUUCCACCCAUACCAAAAUGGAUACUGGAGAUUCUGGACACACAGAGGCACAGACAGAUGUUCAUUCCAUGCAAAAACGAGCUGAGAUGGAGACAAAAAUGAGUUCGGGACCAGGAGCAGAGCUCAAUACUCAAAUGGACAAUGGAAAUGAACAAAUGAGUGCUCAGGCUGAGACCCAUGAUCGCUUCCGUCGUUGGGGAGGAUACUACGGUGGAAUGGGUUACGGUGGCAUGGGAUACGGUGGAAUGGGUUACGGUAGAGGAUACGGUAUGGGAUACGGUAUGCGCGGAUACGGAGGAUAUGGUGGAUACUAUGGAUAA